AUGGAAAUCAAUGCGGUAGUGAUCCAUGCGCCAGGCGACAUCAGAAUUGAGAAGAAGCCACGACCUCAGGUCCAGGAGCCCGAGGACGCGGUCGUCAAGGUCAUUGUCGCCGGCAUCUGUGGGAGCGAGCUACAUCCUUACCGGGGACACCAGAAAACGACCUUUGGCCAUGUCAUGGGCCACGAGUUCGUCGGGAUUGUGGAAGAUGUGGGCAGCAAUGUGACGACUGUCAAGAAGGGCGAUAGGGUGAUUGGCCUCUUUUCGUCGUCUUGUCUGAAAUGCUGGUUCUGCAAGAAUGGCUACACGAACCGAUGCUCGAAAUCUCUGGCCCUGGGAACCGCACAGAUCGAUGGUGGCCAGGCCGACUAUGUCAGAGUGCCAGAUGCCGACGGCACGUUGCUACUGGCGUCUGAGGAGAUGGAGGAUGAGCUGGGCGUCAUGAUGUCUGACAUCUUCCCGACGGGAUACUACGGCGCGAUGCGGGCCAUCGUCCAAUUUGCCAGUGACGAUCUGACGACCAAUGGUACCUCCUCGUCUACAGCUGCGAAGGCCAUGGCGCCGAAACAGCCUCUGAAGUCGGCCAUUUUCGUCUGUCUAGGCUGCGGCAUCGUCGGACUCUGUGCCAUCAUGACAGCCGUGGUGAAAGGCACCGGGACGGUGUUUUGUGUGGACAGCGUCGAUGACCGCCUGGAGCAGGCCAAACGAAUGGGCGGCAUCCCUCUGAAGAUCGGGGUCGAUGACAUCAAGGCCGCCGUCAUGAACGCGACGGACGGUCGAGGUGCCGAUGCUGUAGUCGAGAGUGUGGGAAACGAGGCCGCUCUUCGGUCGGGCUUUGAGCUCCUUAGACCGUGUGGUGUGCUAAGUUCCGUGGGCUUCCACCAGUCAGAAAUGCCUUUUACAGCGUUACAGGGCUACCAGAAGAAUAUCAAUCUGAAUAUGGGCCGCGCUCCCGUUCGAGCAGUAUUUGAGGAAGCAAUGGAAUUGUUUCUAGAGAAUAAGUCCAAAUUUUCUGAUUUCAUCUCACAUCGACUACCUCUGUCGGAAGCUGCCAAGGGCUACGAAAUGUUUUCCAGGCAGGAAGCCAGAAAGGUCGUGCUAAGACCUUAA